CUCUCUCUCUCUCUCUCUCUCUCUCUCUAUAGAGCAGCAGCAACAGCCGUCCAAAUCCGCCACAAUCCGUCAUGCGGCCUUAAAUCGUAAUCUGCACAUCCAAACACUCCAUUCCCGAAAUGGGACCGUACGACACGGCAAUCUCCCCUACCACCACCAACUCCUCUCCAUGCGGCCCAUCCAAGCUCUCGGAGAUCGACGGCCUCCUCGCAGGGGCGGGCUACCACAUCCGGUCGUCGGAUCUACGCCACGUGGCUCAGAGGCUAGAGCAUCUAGAGUCAGCGAUGGUCAACCAAGCUCCCGAGAACAUCUCCAACCUAGCCUCAGAGGCCGUACACUACAACCCCUCCGACCUAGCGUCCUGGGUCGAGUCCAUGCUCUCCGAGUUCCACCAUUCACCACCGUCUCAUCUCCUCCCCACCUUCUCAGACCCACAGAAGCCUUCCCCGAUGCUCGAUACGUGGCAACCCGACCCCUGCACGGACCCGAUGCAGCAGCAGCAGCUGACAGUUAUGGCGGCCUUGGAGGAAGAGGACUCCGGCAUCCGGCUCGUGCACCUGCUGAUGACGUGUGCCGAGGCGAUGCAACGUGGCGAGAUCGCAUUGGCGGGGUCACUGAUCGACGAGAUGCGACUUCUCCUGACACGCGUCAACACCGGAUGCGGCAUCGGGAAAGUCGCCAGCUACUUCAUCGACGCUCUAAGCCGGCGGCUCUUCUCGCCGGCCCAGACGGGGCCGGACUGCUCCGGUUCGGCUCUUGAGAACGAGAUCCUCUACCACCAUUUCUACGAGGCUUGCCCCUACCUCAAAUUCGCCCACUUCACCGCCAAUCAAGCCAUCCUCGAGGCAUUCCACGGCCACGAUUGCGUCCACGUCAUCGACUUCAACCUGAUGCACGGCCUGCAAUGGCCCGCCCUGAUCCAAGCCCUCGCGCUCCGCCCUGGUGGCCCACCGUUCCUCCGCCUGACCGGCAUCGGCCCACCUUCCCCUGACGGCCGCGACUCCCUCCGCGAGAUCGGCCUCCGACUCGCCGAGCUGGCUCGGUCCGUCCGCGUCCGGUUCGCCUUCCGCGGCGUUGCGGCGUCUCGGCUCGACGACGUCAAGCCGGGGAUGCUCCAGGUGGGCCCCAGGGAAGCCGUGGCCGUCAAUUCGGUAAUGCAGCUCCACCGGCUUCUCGGCUCAGACACGAGCCGUGGCCCCGCACCGAUCGACUCGGUGCUCGGGUGGAUACACGGGCUGAACCCGAAGAUCGUGACCGUUGUCGAGCAAGAAGCAGAUCACAACGGUCCGAAAUUCGUGGACCGGUUCACCGAAUCGCUCUACUACUACUCGACUAUGUUCGACUCGCUCGAAGCGUGCGCGCUGCAGCCCGAGAAGGCGGUGGCGGAGAUGUACAUACAGAAGGAGAUUUGCAACAUCUUGUGCUGCGAGGGCGCCGCACGUGUCGAGCGACACGAGCCCUUGGCUAAAUGGAGGGCCCGGAUGGUUCGAGCCGGCUUCAAGCCACUCCACCUCGGCUCCAACGCCUUCAAGCAGGCUAGCAUGCUGCUCACGCUCUUCUCGGCGCAGGGCUACUGCGUGGAGGAGAACGGCGGGUGCCUCACCUUGGGCUGGCAUAGCCGGCCGCUCAUCGCGGCUUCGUCUUGGCAAGCCGCUGAGCCGCAGGCCCAGCCGGCUCGAGAUACAAUAGAAUAAGCUGUAUUAAUUUAUGCUCUCUCUCUCUCUCUCAAAUCAAUUUUACAUCCAUGUCGUAAUUUAGAGUAAUUUAGAGAGAGAUUUUUUCUUUUUU